GGAAAAAAAGUUUGGACGCGAGCUCGCCGUCCAACAUCACAACAGCAAACACCCACAACCACAAUGGUAAACACAUCACUUAAACGCCGACGGACGGAGGCGGAGAUGCGCAAGGGCCAGCCGAAGAAGGAGAAGAAGAAGGUCAAGCGGCAGAAGUACUACCACAGCUCAGACGAGUCUGGCGAUGAGAACGUCGCGACCGAUGCGCCCAAGAACUACAAGGCGCCGAGGCAGCAGGAGGCGGAGGAGCCGUUUGAGCCGUCCGGUGCGAAUGCAGUCGAGCCGAAGCCGAAGCCGCUGAAGUCGGCGUUGAAAGUACAGCCCAAGCAUAAAAUGACGAUGCCGGCGAAGGUUGCGCCAGCCGAUGCAGCGCACGAGUCUCCAGCCGAUGCAGCGCACGAGUCUUCGCCGAGCGGUGACGAGGAAGAGGAGGGAGAGGAAGAGGAAGAGGAGGAAGAGGCAGACGAGUUCGACAUUGAAGACUCGGACUCGGACGCCUCGGAAACAUCGACGGCAGCGGCGCGCAAAGUCAAGAAGCGCAACGACCCCGACGCAUUCGCGACAUCCAUCUCGCGCAUCCUCAACACCAAGCUGACCUCGACGAAACGGUCGGAGCCCAUCCUGUCGCGCUCCAAGGAUGCGCAGACAGCCAACCGGGAGCUCGCAGACAGCAAGCUGAACGAGAAAGCGCGGCGGCAGAUCCUCGCUGAGAAGCGGGCGCUGCGCGAAAAGGGACGGGUCAAGGACGUGCUGGGGCUGCAGGACACGGUCAGCACGGCGGCGGUGACGGCCAAGGAGAAGGAGCUGCGGCGCACGGCACAAAAGGGCGUGAUCAAGCUGUUCAACGCGGUGCGGGCGGCGCAGGUCAAGGGCGAGAUGGCGGAGCAGCAGGCGCGCGAGGGGAACGUGGUGGGGAUUGCGAAGCGCGAGGACAAGGUCAAGGAGAUGAGCAAGCAGGGCUUCCUGGACAUGAUCACGGGGGGGAAGGAGGGGAAGGAGCCGUCUGUGGAGGCAUAGCUGAAACUAUUAGACGACCUUGUGCGUACUUGUAAUGUGAAAAGUGAUGAGACGUGAGAGGUGAGAAGGUGUGAGAGGUGAUAAGAUGUGAGAAGUGACAAGACGUGAGAGGUGAGAAGAUGUGACAAGUGACAAGACGUGAGAAGUGACAAGACGUGAGAAGUGACAAGACGUGAGAAGUGAUAAGAUAUCAG